AUGCACAUUCUGGACAUGUUUGUCAUCUUCCCAGGUGUGACCCAGCACAGGCUGCUAGCCCUGGGGGAGCUCAAGAGACUUGGCUUCUCCACCGGGCCUGUGCUGGCGAACCCGGUGGCCACUGCCUGCCUCUGAUACAUGGGCCGUGACCUCAGCUGUACCUUCACCAGCACCUUCCUCACUGCCAGGGCCAACCCAGAUGACCCAUACAAGGUGACAAGGGCCUGAGAGCCGAGCCAGCUACUGGGGCCCAAGGCCUCAGGCAGGGCGAUCAACUUUGCCCUUGAUCCACACACCACUGCGGCCAGCAUGGGCACCUGUCUCAUCACAGAAGCUGUCCACAAGGUCUCUGCCAUGCACCUGUGCCACUACCUUCUGGUGGCCCUGCCCCCUCAGAGGACAAAUGGCAGGACCCCUGCCCAGUCUUUCUGUACCAGCUGCCAGGGGAGAAGAGUUACACCCAAGGAAGUAAUGGGUGGGCUGGGACCUCAGGAUAACUGGUCCCCAGCCCUGGAGCUGGGACCCCAGCCUCAGGGCCUGCUGCAGGCAGACAUGAAGACCCUGGUCGCCUAAGUCCUGGAAUUUAUUGAGCUCUUCAAUCAGGUCUUGGGCACAAGCAUGGCCUUUCCUGCUUUUGAGAUGGAAGCAAACAGAACCGUGGGCAGCGUGGACUUCGCACGCACCGAGUCUGGAGACCUGGCAGGCACUGCGCAUCCUCAGCUGCCGGGGUCUGCCCAAGACUCCCAGCCGCUGCUGCCCGGGAUGCCCAUCUUCCAGAUGUUCAGUGAUGAAGAUGUGCUCUCUGAGGGGGAGUCCACUGUGUACCCCGUGUUCAUCAAUGAGGCCGCCUACUAUGAGAACGGCAUGGCUGUCAUCCAGAUUGAGAAGCUCCCACUCUGUGCCUGCCCUGCCGAGACCCGGUGCCUGGCUCCGGUGGAGAAGUGGGACCUGAGUGAUCGCUCGGAGGGAAGGACAGUCCUGCAGAACGGAGCUGUGCCGCUGAUUGGGCCGGGACACCAGGAGGGGCUGACCAUCCUCCCAGCGGGCAGGGCCCCCUUGGGUGGCAGCGGCAGCCGGCCCUCCUCCGGGAACCAACGUCCAGGCUGUCCCCAUGGCAGGAUCCUGGAGCUGGCGCUAGCUACGUGGAUGGUGGAUCUGCAACAGGGCAGCUGA